AUGUCGACGCCGCCACCGCCGCCGUCGCCGUCCAACGUAGGGCACGGGGACGAGGAGGAGAGGCGUAAGGGAGCUGAGGAGGAGAGUCCGGGUAUGGCCACGAAGACGCUAAAGGCCGAGGCGGGUGAGGACGGCGGUGCCCUCAUCAACAUCAAGGUGCACAGCCUGACCGCGGAUGACGUCUUCUUCCGCAUCAAGUGCGACGUGAAGCUGCGGCGGCUCAUGGACAUGUACUACGGCAAGCACUCGCUCCACCCCAAGGCCGUCCUGUUCCUGGACCCUCAUGGCCGCUACAUCCGGCCCAACCAGACGCCCGACGAGGUCAGCCUCGAAGACGGCGACACGAUUGAUAUCAUGCUCACAUAG